AUGUCUCCCCUCAUCCUCGAUCGGUACAGCCCGAGUGCCUCGCCCACGCGCAAGGCACGUUCCCAGUCCUUCGCUGUCUCCGGAGCCAAGUACGAGGACAUUCGAAGGCUGGUCGACAUUGAGUUCCAUGCCUUUGAGGAGGAGAAGACCAACCAGAUUCUGUCCUAUAGAGACCACAACCAGCCAAGCCAUUUCCAACGAGCUGUGAGGUCAUAUCAAUCCGCCAUGGGCAGGAAUGAUGGCUCGCGGCGCCGUACGAAGCCAAAUACAUCGAGGCGUCCUUCACAGAGACCAGGUCAGGAGACUGUGCGCUUUCGCAAGAUCAUCGAUUCCGACUCAGGCCUCAUCAUUUCCUGGGCCAAGACCGAGACCAAGACUUACACCGAACAGGAGUUGGCUACUCCGGCAGAUAUUGGACACGAGGGCGAAGCUCAGAUGAAUCGCGACUGGUUUGCGUUGAACGAGAAGCUGCGGCGUGUUUACAUGGGCACCAGACCUCAUUGCUGUGAGUGUUGCUUCAAGUGCAGGCUUUCGGCGGGAGAAACUGACGUGCACAGAUAUUGGCAUGCUCGCCACUCAACCGUGCUAUCAGCAUCAUGGCGCAGGCACCAUGCUCCUCGAAUCCAUUCUGGCAGACGCGGAUGAGGCAGGCAUCGAGUGCUACCUCGAAGCCACUGACACCGCCAAGCCGCUCUACGAAAGACACGGCUUCGUCGAGAUCAACGAGCUGCGAUUUAAUCCUCUGGACUACAGUGUGUACGGAUUCAAGGUAGAGAGGCAGACGAUCAUGGUCCGAGGCGCAAUGAGCUCCGGUCAACGACAAGAGGUGCGGUCCUGGGAAGAUGCAAUGCAAGGAGCCGUCCAAGCGCAGCUAUGA